AGUAAAUUUUAUCGGGUCUGGACUCCAUUCGAAAUAUCUCUCUAGGGUUCCUAUAUCCGCCGAUUUCAAUCGUCUUCUUCGCUUAAUUCAGUGUCUUCUCUAGCCUUACACAAAUCGUUCUUCUGCAUUCCAUCUCCCAUGCACUUAAACCUCCAUUCUAAUAUUAAUUAAUUUGUGUUUCACUCUCCCUUUUUCGCUCAAAUUUUGCAGGCUGAAGGAGAUUUCCGAUCUAUCCAACCGUGACAUGGAGCUGAAGCGGGAAUUAACCAAGACGACUCCAGGCUUAGCAGCUUCGGCCUACGAUGUCGGCCGAUUGGAGUCACCGGCUCUAGGAAAAAAACCAUCGCUAGUCGUCGUCGAACAUCGCCAUCCUCCCCCUCAUCGCGCAGAAAUCGAAGGUAAGCACGACAGUAGCAGGGGCGGGACGCAGAGCAGCAAGGCAACAACAUUCUUCUGGGCUCUGACUUCGGAUUCCAAAAUCCCCAUAUUUUUUCGGAAAUUUCAGAUCCGCACAACAGACCGGGGAGUACGAGGGUCUCGCUCUUCCCGACGAAGAGGAAGCAGAGGCUCCUUCCAUUUCCGAACUGGUUAUCAGCUUCCCGAGGAAGAGAACAAAACGAUGGAAACUGGAAAAAAAGGUUUUGGAGAGAGAAAGGAAAACAAGGAAGAAAGGUUCUCCAAGACCAAGACUGAGCGCGUCCAACUUCCAGAAAAGAAAGGAACAAAGUUAUAGGAAAUAAUGUACCAUUAUGAGUUAACUCAAAGCAAUAUAGUAAUAGUCCAUAAAGAGAUAUCUCAAAAAAAUAUUGUAAUAAUCCGAAUGCAACAAAAAUAUUUAAAAGGGUCACUUACUUCUUUUCACUACUUGCUUUUAAAGCUAUUGCUCUUUUUUUAAGUGGCUUUCUCUUUUCUUUUACCUUUAUUCAGCUUGGAAUGUAAUAUCUCUAGUUGCUUGUCUUUUCCUUUUCGGACAUGAGCUCUUGAAUAUCCGUAAAAGAUCAUCUACAAAAUCAUCUUCACUUAGCUCCUACUAAAGCAUUGCUAACUCGCUAUUUGCUAGAACUUUGGCCUUGCUCCAAGUCAUCGUUUGUAAGGGGGAGUAUUCUUAUUGUAGAGUUUAGGUAGCACCAAAAAUUGAUUUCCUCUCGAGUAUUUCCAAUGCUUCUAUGGGAGAAUCAUUGAAAGUGGUGUCAUCAAAAUUAAAAUGAUUGUAGAAAAUGGGGUUGUCAUUUGGAGGAUCUUUUUUUUCCAAUGCAUUUAGCCGAUGAACCAGACUCUGUGUAAAUACUAAAAUGAGUUUGAUUCUUCAUCUCCAUCAACAUGAAAUUGCUUAGUCUUCUGCAUCCUCCUGAUCAGAACAACCAUUAUAUAUACAUAUGGUUCAUAUUUAUAACACGGAAGUUAUAAAAGGCUUAUAAGCAAUAAUUAACAAAGUGCGGGCUUAACUAAUGUUAUAAAAAAGGAUGAACAACAUAGGACUUCGUGCGUACCUGAGAAUAGGAGGUGAGAAUUAUCUCAAGUAUAAUUAGUAUGAGUAUAUGACAUGACUUAUGAAUUUUUAAAAACUUAAUUUAAAAAAAUAAGUUUCAACUUAUUAAAGCAUGAAUCAACAUAAGGAAUGAAAACCAUACAAUUUUACUUUUUAUUAAAUUAUGCAAAAAAAAAUGAUGAGAAAUAAUUAUAGGACAAACAAUAUAACUACAAUAAAAGUGUGUCUAUUUCAUGAGAUUCAAAGAUAUGUUAAAAAAACUUGCAAUCAUAUUGGUAGUUAAUCACAUCAUAAUGGUUAAAUGAAGAUUAUAAGUCUCUAUGGAGUAUAUACAAAAUUGGUUGAUGACUCGAGGGAGUGGUCCAAGUGAAAAUUCUAUAAACAAUAAAUGAUUUACCUGCAUCCCAAGUAAUGUUGUCCAGACUGAAAUUAAACAGCAAAAAUGAGGGUAAGUAGAGUGAAAUGAAUCUCUAUGAAGCAUACUUACAUCAAAGUAUGUUGUGUAUAAAAGAAACACGUAGAGAACAUAUAAUCAAGCUCCAAGGUUAUACUUCUAUAUAACAGAAGUCAAUUAGUGGUGAAUGGAGGAUACGGUGCUUCCAAACAGGAUGAUGAAGAAGCAAAUUAGUGGUGAAUGGCAAUUCAACCCAAGUUCGUAAACGACCUGACCUUCUCAAUGUGGGGGAACAGAGCAAACAUAAAUUAUCUUCUUUAUA